AAAUUAGGAGCCAGCUGCUUUAUUGAUCAUCUGCUUUCUUUUUUACCCACCCCCCUUCAUCUCCCCUCCCCCUCCUCCAAACCGACACUGACUUUCUUCACCGGCAACAGCCAGAGAGCAUUGCAGCAAACCAACGUGGAGGAGGUGGGAAAAAAAGAGAAGGGAAAUAAAUCUCGGGAUCUGCAGCUUGCUUCCUUCCUUCCAUCCUCCCUUCUCUCUGCAACAUGAGCAGCGCCAGCGCCGAGCCUGCGACCUCGCCGGAGUUCGUGGACGACCGGCCGGUGGAUGAUUCCUUCGACACCACCUACAGGGAGAAGCAAGGAGCCAAGCCGGCUAUGAAGCUGGUGUGGCGGAACAUCAUCCUGAUGGGGGCUCUGCAUCUCGCUGCUCUCUACUCCUUCGUUCUGGUGCCUUUCGCGAAACCGCUAACCUGGCUAUGGGCCGCCUCUUGCUUUUUGUUCAGUGCCCUUGGGGUGACAGCGGGUGCUCACCGAUUAUGGAGUCACCGGUCUUACACAGCAACCACGCCGCUCAGGGCGUUCCUGGCCGUUGCAAACUCAAUGGCUUUCCAGAAUCAUAUUUAUGAAUGGGCUCGGGACCAUAGAGUACAUCACAAAUUCUCCGAAACAGACGCUGACCCUCACAACGCCACGCGUGGCUUUUUCUUCUCGCAUGUCGGCUGGCUGAUGGUCCGGAAGCAUCCAGAUGUGAUCGAGAAGGGGAGUAAGCUGGACCUCAGUGACCUGAAGGCAGACCCUGUUGUCAUGUUUCAGAAAAAAUAUUAUAAGCCCUCCGUGGUGCUAAUGUGCUUCUUCAUCCCCACGGUGGUUCCUUGGUAUUUCUGGGGCGAAUCGCUCUGGAACGCAUACUUCGUUGCUGCCAUCCUGCGGUACACGUUGGUGUUGAAUGCCACUUGGCUGGUAAACAGCGCAGCCCACAUGUUCGGGAACCGGCCCUAUGACCGAUGGAUUAACCCCCGCGAGAAUCGAUUUGUUGCGUUCGGUGCAAUCGGUGAAGGGUUCCACAACUACCACCACACGUUCCCGUACGACUACUCAACCAGUGAGUACGGCUGGCGAGGGAACAUCACCACCUGCUUCAUCGAUGCAGUGUGUUGGCUUGGACUGGCCAGUAACUGUAAGAAGGUAUCCAAGGAGGCCAUCUUGGCUCGCAGGAGGAGAACUGGUGAUGGUAGCAUCAGGAGUGGCUGAUCGCGUUUGAGUGAGCAGACUGAGUCACUGAUGCCCCCUUCUCCCCCCACCCAUGCCAAAGACACCAGUGGUCAUGAAGGCGGUUGUCAGCAGCCAAACAAUUUUGUUUUAAGGUGGAAUCUCUUUCUCUCUCUUCCUCUCUGUAGUUAAUCUCACUUUGUUGUGUCCCAGUUUAAACUGAUAAAAGACUGAGAAUAGCAGAACAAGCUUUUUAAUCCUAAUCCUAAUCCUAGAGCUUCAUUGACACUAGAUAUGGUUCAUUCUGCACUUUUGACUUAACAUCUUGCUGAAUGGUAUUCUUUGGGGCCACAUGACAUCAGCCCUUUUUUUUUCUCUUUUUUUUAAAAACCAGUUUGUGUUAAGAGUCCAUGGAGUAUGCACUUGUUUCAAAGUCCCAUUCCUCCUCUAAGAUUCUUUACACAGGUAAAGAUUCCACCUUAAAACAAUUGUCUUCACUGUCGCCUCAGCCACAUGGAAGAGAAAUACAACGAAAACAGUCUUGGCAGAGGGUCGUGCUUUUGCAGAUAUUUGGCGCUUAAUGCCAUACCUGAUAUGCAGAAAUGAUUAGAUAAAGAUGGUGUGGCCACUCAAAUUCUGGCUAUUUGAAUUUGUUUUUUGUUUCCUUUUUGUUUUUUUGUUUGGAGGAAAGGGUCAAUUGAUGCCUUGCCAUGCACCCCUGCCUGUCUCGCAUUUCAAAUACAAGGUUGGGCACGAUAGUUGCACAGUAUACUGUAUGCCCAUUGCCUUCAAUACACUAAUAAGCUGAUGGAUUUUAGGUUUGCCACUGUAAACCAUGCGUCCCGGGACGCCAGCCUUUUUAGUGCCAGCAGCCAGGGCAACCCCAUGAGAGCUCUGCUCCUCCUCAAACAAACCACAGCCUCAAUCCAUUCCAAAUGCUGACCAGUAGCAUUCUGUGCUCUUUUCCAUCCGGAUGGAAAAAAGCAAAGGCCCAGAGAUUAAUCGAUCAGUUUAUGUUAUUGCUUCCCUCAUCCCAUUCCUACUCUCCCCUGUAAUCUCUCGCUAACACCAGAAACCACCUUUCUUUAAAACAGCUGAACAUCAGAGCUCCCUUUAUCUCUUUGAAAGGGGGUGAGGAGGUGAGUGGUGGCAUUAACCAUUGGCACACAUUGUGCCUCUUCAGACUCUUUACUGACUGACCUUUUUUUAAAAAAAAAACCAACGUUAGUGAACACGUGACUAUACCUACACCAAACAAGAUCCUUGUUUCUAACAUUUCAAUGGUCUGUCCAUCAUUUCCACUGGGUUGCUUAUGGAAUUUUCUGGAAUUGGCAUUUUGAUGGUUGGGACUGUCCCAUAUGAAGCUUGCGUUGAGAGACUUUUUUGAAAAUUUUCAAUCUUGUUUGUGUUUGGUGUACGGUGUGAUCCAUUUGUUGUAUUGUUGUGACUAAAUGUUUGUUGUGCUUCAAUAAUCAUGCAAAUUUCAUAGUAAUAUAAUUAAAACAUAUAAGAGAAAAUUGUAUUAAAUUGUCACCAUCAAGAUUAUCUUGUACAUCAAGAACUGGUUCAGCUUGUCCAAAAACAAAAAGGAAUUCUCAGAACAUCUGAACUGAGACUCUAGGAACAAAACCAAAUGAGUUAAUGGCACCCCCACCCCACCCCCCCCAAAUUGACUCUUGCUUUACCCCUGCCACCAGCUUCCUUCUUCCUCUUUCUUCUCUCCAUCCCCACCCCCUCCAACUCACCUGAACACAGCUAGUGAACUUGGCUUGGUUAAAAUAAACCACACCCCUUGAACAGUUUAGUGAUCUCAAAUAACCAGUUAAUGCCAGCACUUAAUCGGAAGCAAGUUUUACAUUCAGAACCUGCUGGGAUCUUUUUCCUCAUGGGGAGGGGUAAUGUAAAGAGAGAGAACCUUCAGCCCCUUAUUCCCCUUCCUGCUGUUGUACAGCCUUUUAACAAACCUUGGUUUGAGUUCUGACUCCUUCAGCCUCCAUUAACUGCCAGGGUUAAUGUUGUAGAGAAACUGACUUAAGGGCUGUCAGCCCUGUACAAGAAUAGCUAAAGCCUAUAUGGCUUCACUGACAUUAGAUUUCAAAAUUAAUGAGAGGAGGUUGGAAGUUAAAAAUUCCAGUAGAUUAUGCACCAGUUUGUAGCAGUGCUUAAAUAGGCACCACUAUGCUGCCACCAAUUUCUUAUUUCAAGAAAUGUUUUAUUGCUUUCGCACUUGCUCGUGCGUGCACACGGUGUUUGUCGCUCGUGCUCUCUUGUGCUCUGUCUGUCUCUCUGUCCUCUACCAAUGCUCGAUAGAACAAAUCAUGUUGGUGACAGGUUGGCAGGUUUCUCUCUUGGCUAACUGCAGAAUGCAUUUUAAUUGCAAAGAGAAUUGUCCCCACUUUAUAGAGGUCUCGCUUUUUAAUCUUAGGAAAACACUGUUUACAAACACUGAUAUGAAACUGGUCAGCUAUGCUCUUGUACAGAUCCACGGUGUAUCUAUAGUAUCGUCCCUUGCCAAUUUUAACGGGCUAAAAAUAAAUUUAACUUUGUUUUCCCCUGUCAUCUUGCUGCUGCUAAUGCCUAGACUUCUAGGUUGGGUUGUAUGGAUGCAGAGAAUAGGAGUGUGGUGUUAGUCCACUAAUAAACUGUGGUCUGACCGAACGUUGCGCAGGAAUUGGGAGUGGAGGCAAUGCAGCAAAAGGAGUUUAAUCUGUGGUGCUGUAUGCAAGAUGGGGGUUUGAACAUACCUGUCCGCUUGAGUGAAACAAACUUGGAUCAUUGCACUGGACUUAAUUCUUGUGGCAAGUUGUUGUUGUUGUUGUUGGGCAAUCCUGUGGGCUUUGAUUUCAUAUGAGCCCUUUUUUGUUCUUUCUCGUCUAAAACCUGAAAGAGCUUGUAAUUCAGUAAGGAAGCAGCAAAUUUUGAUGACUUGCUGAACUAAAUUGUGUGAUUAGGAUGUAGUUUUUAGACUGCCGUGUCUUGGAACUGUAUCUCCUGCCACAGAUGCAACAGAGGUAAUUGCAACAAGUCUUAUUGCCAGACAUUCACUUUUACUUCCAAAUGUUGCCACUCUUCACAAGUCUUUCUUGCAGCACAGGUCCUCCAUCCUUUAAGAAGGAGUUGCUCAAGAAUUCCAUUGAUUCUUGAACUAAUCAAUGUGAUCUGAAAACCUUCAUUUUAUUUUCUGUUCCACCGAAAGGUUUGGGAUAUUUUGGGGAACUGCAAGUAGCAGGAAUUUUUUUUUAAUGAUACUUUGAAAAGCAGUGUUACAAAUCCUUUCAACUGACUGAAAGGCAAGAAUUGCCACUUUGAGAACUCUUUCUUUCGGGCCUAGCUUCUAUGCUGCCCAAUGCCUUACAGGUGGCAGUGAUGGUAGAGGUGCCCCAGGGCAGGAGCUGUGCCACCAGAACUCUUGGACGAGGUGGUAGACAGAAUCAGGGUGAGGCUUUGGCAAGUUUACUAGAGAAGUGUGAAGGGGCUUGGGAGUGUCCGCAUUUCCCUCAAGAAAGCGAAGGCUGCCGAUGGCCAGUUAGGCCAAAUUCAACAAAGUGGGGUUGAAGAAGCUGGUCCUGUCCUUGUGGAACAGUCAGCAACACUUCAGGGCUCUGUGAUCUGAUUACUGCUGCUCGAGACAAUUCUGAUCCUUAUGGCACACCAGCAUUAGGACAGCAGAAGGAGUUGGUUUAUUUUCUGUGCUAGUUCUGACCAUAUCCUGCAAACUGUCUGAAAAUUAUGCUGUUUGUUAUUAAAUUGCAAUUCGUCAGCUGAGAAUCUGAAGGGGUGUGUGCUGUGAGGUAGACCUCUCCUUGAUUUUUAGGAGCAGUGCAGACACAGGUUGUUAUCCCUAACUAGUCCAUGUAAGUUGCUUCCUACAUCUUGUCCCACUGAUGUAGUCUUCCUUCUAUUCCUUUCUUCCUUGUGGGCUGCUUUAAAUGCAGAAAUAGAAACACCUUUGUUUUUCCUCCUGAUUGUGUUUAGUUCCAUUUACAAUGGUACUGUAUUGCACAGGCAUGUAGUCUCUCCAUCCAGCCACUGGCCCAUUCUUUUCAUAAUGAUGGGAAUUUUGCAUGCUGUUUUUAGUGUUUUGUAACAACGUAUCCUAUAGCUCAACCUGGCUUACAGAAAUUGAAGAAAUGGAGGUGUAUUUUGUUAAAAGGAUUAUGAAGGCCUUUUUGUUCCUAGAGUGUGAAUGUUACUUGCCAGCUAAGUAUUUAUUACCCUUUCAUUACAUACCCUUGCUGUAGGUAGUUCCAGCAUUUUGACCCAGAAGGAAUGGUGUUAGAUUUCCAAGUCAGAAUGGUGUGUGGCCUGGAGGAAACUUGGAGGUGGUGGUGUUCCCAUGUAUUUGGUGCACCUGUCCUUCUAGAUGGUGGUAGUCCAUGGGUUUGGGAGGUUUGUUGUCUUAGAGAAGCGUAGUUUGUUGCUGCAGUGUAGAUGGUACACAUUGCCACAAUGCAUCAAUGGUGAGGGGUGAAUGUUGAAAGUGGGUGUGGUGCCUGCCUGUCCAGGACUGCUUUUUGUCCUGGACAGCCUUAAGCUGCUUGAAUGACUGCCUGAAAAAAAGAGUGCCGCUCCAGCAGUGUGGAGUAUUGCACCAGACUCCUGACUAGUGCCUUUGCAGACAGUGGGCAGGCUUUAGAGAGCCAGAACAAAUAAGGUCAUACAGCAUGGUAACAGACCCUUCGGUCCAACUGUCCAUGCCAACCAUAAUUCCCAAACUAAACUAGUCCUAUCUGCCUGCGCAUGGCCCAUAUCCCUCCAAACAUUUCUUGUGCCCAGAUCCAUCAUUUCUGGAAGCUCGUUCCACACCCAAACCACAGUUGUUUUUUUUUUUAAAUUGCCCCUCAUGUCUUUUUUUAAAAAAAAUCUUUUUCCCUUCUCCUUAAAAUAUGCCAUAAGUCUUAAAAUCCCCCACCUAGGGAAAAGACACCUGCCAUUCAUCUUGUCUGUAAUCCCCUCAAGACCUUGAACCCCCUAAGGUGACCCUGUAACCUCUUGCACUCCAGUGGAGGAAAGAAAAAGUCCCAGCCUCCUUUUAUAACUCAAACCUUCUGUUCCCAGCAGCAUCCUGGUAAGCUUAUUUUGAACCCUCUCCAGCUCAAUAUCUAGCCUAUAACAGGGUGACCAGAACUGGACACAGGACUCUAACGUCCUGUACAACUUCAACAUGAUGUGCCAAUUCCAAUGCUUAAAGGUCUGAGCAAUGAAUGAGUGUGCUAAACGCCUCUUUAACCACCCUGUCAACAUGUGAUGCAAACUUCAAAAAAUUAUGUACCUGAACUCCUAGGAAUCUCUGUUCUACACCACUACCCAAGGCCCUACUUUGAUUGUACAAGUCCUGCCCCUGUUUAUUUUACCAAAAUGCAUUUAUCUAAAUUAAACUCCAUCUGCUGCUGUUCAGUCCAAUGACCCAAUUGAUCAAGAUCUCUUUGUAAUCUUAGAUACCUUUCUUCAUUGUCCACUAUACUGCCAAUUUUGAUGUCCUCUGCAAACUUACUAACCGUGCCUUCUAUAUUCUCAUCUAAAUGUUUUAUAAAAUGACAAAAGUGGAUCCAGCACUGUUCCCUGUGGCACACUGCUGGUAACAAGCCUCCAGCCUGAAAAACAACCCUCAACAUCUGUCUCCUGCUGUUAAUCCAAUUUUGUAUCCAAUUGGCAAGCUCACCCUGAAUCCCAUGUGAUCUAACUUUACUAAUUAGUCUACUAUGCAAAACCUUGUCAAAGGCUUUACUAAAGUCCAAGUAAAUAAUGUCUACUGUUCUGUCCUCAUCAACCUUCUUGGUUACUUCCUCAAAAAAAACUCCAAUCAAGUUUGAGACACACUAUUUCCCUCACACAAAACCAUGUUGACUAUCCCUACUCACUUGCAUCUCCAAAUGCAAAUAAAUCCUAUCUAUCAGAAUCACCAACAACUUACCCCAAACUCUCAGGGCUACAGUUCCCAGGCUUCUCCUUUACAUCCCUCCUUAAACAAAGGCACAACAUUAGCCACUCGUCAGUCAUCUGGCACCUCACCUGUAGUUACAGAUGAUACAAAUAUUUCUGCAAGGGGCCCUGCAAUUCCCUAACUUCCCACAACAUCCUGGGAUACACUAGAUCAGAUCCUGGAGAUAUAACCACCAUUUAUAUUUUUAAGGCCUCCAGCACUUCCUCUUCUGUAAUGUGAACUGUUUUCAAAACAUCAAUAUUUGAGUUCUCUAGCCUCCACUUCUUUUUCCAUUGUAAAAGCUGAUGCAAAAUAUUUAAUACUGCUCCCAUCUCCUCAGGGGCCCAACUCUGUGUAGUUUCGCUCUUGCUCUUAACGUACUUGUAGAAUCUCUUUAUUUUGGAUUAGCCUUGGCAGAUAAAGUUAAGGAUAUCUGAUAUUUCCUCUUUGCCUUUCUGAUCUCCCUCCUUAAGAAUGCCCCUAUACUCUUACUGCUUGAGAUUAAUUUGAACCCAGUUGUCUAUAUGAUUUUUUUUUUUUGAUUCUUGACUAGAACCUGUACCUUCUUUUAUUUAUCCAUUGUUCCCUAAUACUAUCAGCCUUGCCUUUUCACUCUAAUAGUAUCAUAAUAAUUCAACUCCUUUAUCACACUUGAAAAGCCUUUCACUUAUCAGAUGUCCCUUUACCUGCAAACAGUCUACUCCAAUCAAUUUUUGAAAGUUCACGUCUCAUUGUUCUAAAUUUGCCUCACUCCAGUUUUUUAAAAAAAAAAACUUACCUUUUAUGGAAGGCUUAUCCUUUUCUAUAAUUAACAUAAAGCAAACAGAAUUAUGAUCACUAGACCCAAAGUGUUUCCCUACUAUCACUUCACUUGCCUUGUCUUAUUACCCAAGAGGUGAUCAAGCUUUGCUCCUCCUGUAGUAGGAACGUUUUGCAUAUUGAUAAAGAAAAUUUUCUUGAACACACAUUUGACAAAUUCUUCACUAUCUAACCCUUUGACCAGGAAUACCAAGGUAUUAAUGUUUGGAAAAUUAAAAUCACCUUAUUACAAUCUUAUUCUUACAUAUGUAAGGAUAAUGUUUAAAAAAUGCAUAACUUGACUAGAGGAGAUGGUACAUGGUACUGGGAAAAAGUCCUGAAUAUUUUGAGGAUGUUCCCCCAUUUUGCCAAUCUGUUGUUUCACCUCAGACAUUGUGCUCAGAAUAAAAACACUAAAAUCAAAAUCUGUACUGUAGUGUAGGAGCAGUUUAGAUGGAAACCCGAGAAUAACAGAUCACAAGCCUCUACUGGCAUUUGGGUGGCCCCUCCUUGCAUUGUGUGUGGCAGUGUUCCCAUGACAUACUGGGGGUACAUGCUCAGUUACCCAACACUUUAUUUGACUGUUGUGAUAUCUGUAGCUGGUGUUCCCUUCUCAAAUAUCCCUAAAUUUCACUUUGUGCCCUUGGCUGAGGACAUGGCCUGCUCUGUCCUCCCCAUGCCCUGGGAUUUGGUGUACUGGCACUUAGCCUGGGCCACUUGUGUGAAGAGAAGGGCAAAAGCCCAUGAGCACGAAGGGGCUGGCACAGUGGCUGUAGCUGGGCUGGCAUGCAGAGCAGGUAGAAUUUUUGGUGUAACGUCUUUGGAUAACAUAAGGGAGAGAGGAAUGGAAGAAUGUGUUUGUGGUGUGAGGUGAAUUGUGGGGGGCAUCACAAGGGGUUCUGUUCUGUACUGCGACACAGGGGAGAUUUGGUUCUAGAGAGGUUGAUUUGAGCAGACUGUUGGAAAGAGGGCAUUACAUACAGCCAAUGCCAUCCUGCCUUGUUUUAGUGUCCAAUUACAUGUGAACUCUCAUGCAUGCCUUGUUGCAGCGUGACCACCUAGUUCUGUGGAGGGGCUCACAGUUCCAAAUGCAGCAACAAAAAGCUUCAAGAUCCAUUUUAAACUGAGAAUCUCAUUAAUAUAAUGCAAGUUUUAAAAGUCCAAUACACAGUCCAACUAGCUGAAGCCUUUCAUGUACAUGAGCUUGACUCUGGGGUGGAAGACCCAUUGAACUGGUGACCAUUUCUCCACUUUUACAGACUGUUCUAAUAAUUGCAUCCAAUGCUUUGGUGUGUUGGGAUCGCGAUUGAAAUUGGGUCAAAAAUCAUGCUAUUUGCCCUCUUCUAACUGGUUUUUGCCAUUUUUGUGUGUAAUAUGAACAGAAAAUAAAAUUAUACAGAGGGAAAAAUA